AUGUCUUCUACGAAGAAAAUCUCUCUGCUGAGCUCUGAUGGGGAAGUCUUCGAGGUUGACGAGACUGUGGCUAUGGAGGCUCUGACGAUCAAGCACAUGAUAGAGGAUGAUUGUGCUGACGACACCAUUCCUUUGCCCAACGUGACCAGCACAAUUUUGUCGAAGGUCAUUGAAUACUGCAAGAAGCAUGCCGUGGCUCCCAAAUCUGAUGAUCAUGUUAGUGACGCCGAUAAUGAUCUCAAGUCUUUUGAUGCUGACUUUGUGAAGGACCUGAAGGAUGACCAGAACACGCUGUUUGACCUCAUUCUGGCUGCAAACUAUCUCGAUAUCAAGAGCCUUUUGGAUCUGACUUGCCAAACAGUGGCUGACAUGAUGAAGGGGAAAUCUAUAGAGGAGAUUCGCAAGACAUUUCACAUCAAGAAUGACUAUACACCAGAAGAGGAAGAUGAGGUUCGCAGACAGAACCAAUGGGCCUUUGAAUGA